GACGAACAACUGCUCGAGGUGUUGUUUCUACAUUGUGUUGCUGCGCAAUUGAUUUACGGAUGGAAAGAUUACUUACCGUAUUGCAAUGUCACUCUCGGCAGACCCUCUGUUUCCUAGGCCUCCUUCAGUAGAACGGAAUGCGAACUGAGUAAAUUGGAUAUAAAUUAAUGGAGGACGGCAGGUCGCAAACGCAGGGAAAUGUUAGGGCUGCUGGCGGUUCAGGCGCUUUGCCCCAGCAAACCGCGGCUCAUACGCCCUCAUGGCAUCAGCAGCCUGAAGCGGCCCCAGGUCUGCCGAAAACGGUGCGACUGCCGCACCGCCAUGUUAUCCCGGGCCUACAAGGAAGGAGCUUCAGCCUCACCACGCCCUCCACUCCGACUCUUCACAGCCUGGACUCGCCGACCCCUGGGUCGCUCUCGCCCAUGGUCCUCACCCUGACAGCGCCAUCGCCCCUCACACCCAGCGAUGGAGCUCCCGGCUCGCAACCCCACCCCCACCACCGGCCCAGCGGCAGCGACAUGUCCCGCCGCUCCCACGACUCCCCCCUGGAGCAGUCGCCCCCUCCGCACUCCGACCCGCAACUACCACCCGAACCGCCGCCGGCGCUGCAGCACUACCGCAGCGCUCGCAGCCUGCUGCACCCCUGGGACUUCUCCGCCUCCUCCUCCGGCGGUCCUGACACCUUCCUCCGGCCGGGCACCAGCCUAGCAACCGUGGUAUCCCUGCCCUUGGGCAUUGCAGGCGGUGGAGGAGGAGGUGGAGGAGGCGGUGGUGGCAGCAGCAACCUCCCCCGCCGUAGCAGCAGCAUGAACCGCGGUGCGCCGGCGGGUGCAGCGGGCUCGCAGCACAAUCCCGGCUCCCCUCAUCAUACGGGCUCGGGAGGGCGCUACUCCUUGGAUGAAUCCACCAGCGCAACUGCCGUGGGGGGCGGCGAAGGAGGCAUGGCAGGGGGCGGCGGCGGCGGCGGAGGAGGAGGAGGAUCAGGGGUGCAGCAGAGUGCUGCCUCCUUCCAGAGCCGCCCCUCUGCCGUACCCCGGCUGGUGCUGCUGGGCCUGAACAGCUCCGCCUCCUCGCCCUCCCUGCAGCUGCCGCCGCCGCCGCAGCAGCAGCAACAGCAGCCCGUGACGGUGACGGUGACGGUGACACCCCAGCAGCAGCAGUCCGCACCGCCACCCCUAGUGCAGAGCAGCAUCAGCAGCGGCACCCCCAACACCCAGCUUGAGGCGGUGGCGGUCACCAGCACCCCCUCCCAUCCCUCCAUGCAGCGGCGCUCCUUUGAUCUGGAGCCGCUGCUGCCGGGGUUGCCGGGGCUGGCGGGGCCGGGGGCGGGGGCGGCGGUGGGUUUCCGUAGCAUGGACGGCACCUGCAGCUUCCGACCGGGGUCGAGGGCGGUGGGAGCGGCGUUGAGGGGCGGAGGGAAUGGCAACGGCAACGGCUGCGGCGACGGGGGUGCUGGUGCUGGUGCUGGUGCUGGUGCGGGCGCGGGCGCUAUCUCCUGGCAGCAGGGUAUCACAAGCAGUGCUGCAACAGCAGGGCAGUCCUCACCCGCUGCCGAGGGGUCGGGGGUGCAGCAGGGCCAGGGUCAGGGCCAGGGCCAGGGUCAGCCCUGGGUGGCCCGGGCGGAGAGGUCCGCCAGCCAUCCGCCAGCAGGGGAGGCGGUGCUCCGGGCGGGUGGGGGAGGCGGAGGUGGCGGUGGUGGGGAGGUGGCGCCGCUGCCGGCUAGUGUGGCGGCGCAACUGGCCUUUGCAAGGGGCUCCCACGACAGUGCCUCCGACCGCGCCGGUGGCACCCACCUGCCCGCGGUCCCCAUGCGCCGCGCCUCCUCCCUGGCCUCCUCCCGCCCCGCCUCCACCUUCAUCCCGCAGCCAUCCUCCCUGCACGGCGCCCCCUCCGUCUACCUGGCCAAGAUGCCGCCUCCGCCCUCUCGCAGCUCCCCGUCACGCCGCUCCCCCGGAGGGGGCACGGGAACAGCAGCGGGACCAGGAGCUGCCUCGCGUCCUGUGGUGUCCGCGCCGGCGCCCAUGCUGCUCCCAGCUGGUGCUGCUGCAGGAGGGGCAGGCACCGCUGCUGGUGCUGCUGAGGGCGGCCUGUCGGGCAGCAUCAACAGCAUCAGUGCCAGCGGUGGCAGCAGCGGCACUGCAGCUGCGGGCGGCAGCAGCUGCAGCGGAGGGCACCAGGUGGUGACGGUCCUGGCGCCCUACACGCAGGCGGCAGCAGCAGCAGCGGCGGCAGCAGCGGCGGUGGCGAAUCCUCUUGGGCCUGACCCCUCUGUCAGCUCUGUUGCCGGGCUGGACGGCGGCUUGUCGGCCUCCUCCUCCUCCUACUGGACGCAGCCGCUGCAGCCGCUGCAGGCACAGCCCCAGGCAGCCCAGCCUACUCCCGCUUCAGCAUCCAGCGACAGCAGCGCUGGCAGCAGCAGCCCCGGCCUCGGCCUGCCUGGGACUGCGCCAGCAACUGCGCCCUCCAGCAGCAGCAGCAGCAGCCCCCCUCCCCCUCCGGGUGGCAGCGGCAGUGGCAGCGGUAGCAGCGGCAGCGGCGCACCUCCGCUGACCCCCACCAGUGCCCUGCUGGAGCAGCAGCGGGCGGGGCAGCACAUCAGCAUUGAGCACAUCCUGCUGGGCUCGGGCGCAGCACCCAAGGCCCUGACGUCCCCCGCAGCGGGCCGCCCCGACCCCGCGACGCUGCAGCUCAUCCAACAGGGCUUCCGAAACCUGAAUGCGCGAGCCAAGCCGCCGAACCGGGAGGACGUGUGGGGGCUGCAGGCCGCCCUCCUCCGCCAGGUCUCCACCGUCGCCGCGCAAGCCGCAUCCGCAUCCCUCACGGCACCUCCCUCCGCCCCCUCCUCUUCCACGUCCCUGCUUCCAAGGACCUCAUCACCUCCGCCUUCAGGCCUGACCUCCGCCCCCUCCUCCGUCAGUGUAGCGGCUACUGCUACUGCUGCUGCUGCUACUGCGCCCUCCUCCUCAACGUCACGACCCCUCGGCAGGCAUGAGACACCCUCCUCGGCGACAGCAGCGGGGCUACAGCAGCAGCACCAGCACCAGCAGCAGCGUCCCGCCACUGUUGCUGGGCUGUCGGGCGGCAGGACAGGCACCGCCGGACAGGCCAUGCCGCCGCCAGUAGCUGCAGCAACUGCCGUAGCGGCCCUGGGCUCCUCCAGUUGGCGCAGCAGCGGCACCUCCGCUGCCAGUCUUUCUGGCGGCGGCGGCAGCGGAGCCGCUACUAGUGCGGGAACAGCAGCAGCAGCAGCAGCAGCUGGUGGUGGUGGUGGUGGGCUGUUGCCCUCAACGCUGCCUGUGUGCGGCCCGCCCGCCUCCGCUGCGCCCUUCAGCUGGGAUGACGUGGCGUUCCAGCCGCUGCUGGUGCGGGAUGCGGAGGGGUUCCUGCUGGAGGGCGUCAUCUCGGGUCAGGAGAGCGCCCUCACAACCGCCAUGACCGGCCUGGUGCUGCAGGUGGGCGUGUCGUGUGUGGAGCGCGCCCACCUUCUGCACGGCGUGUGGGCCACCGCCCGGCAGCUGAUGGCGGCGGUGAUGCAGGACAGGGAGGUGGCCAGGACCCAGCUAGCCGAGGUCCGCCGCGAGGCCGCCGCCAGUGCCGCCCGCGCAGCCGCGGAGGCUGAGGGUCUGCGCCAGAGCGUGGCGCUGCUGCUGCAGCGCUGUGAGCGGGGGGCGGCGCAGGAGGCGGAGGUGCGGGGGCAGCUGGCGGAGGCGGUGGAGGAGGUGGGGCGGCUGCGGGCGCUGGCGGAGGGGCGGGAGGUGCAGGCGCUGGUGGCGCGGGUGGGGGAGCUGGAGGGGGCGCAUGGGGCGGCGGUGGAGCAGCUGGAGGCGGCGAGGAGGCAGAUACAGGAGCUGGAGCACGAGCUGGCUGACACGCGCCAAGACCAGGCCAUCACGGCAGCUCGUGCCGCCGCCGCCGAGUCCUCCACCCAGGCGCUAGCAACCGAGGUCCGAGCCCGCACCCCGCGGCCCCGCCGCAGCCUGGGGGUUCUCGGGGACCUGCUGGCGGAGCCAGGGCAACAAUCCGCCGUACUGGCGGCGCUAGCGGCGGGUGCGACGCCGACGGAGGUGCACCGCCUGCUGCUCGGCGUGACGGCGGAGGGGGAGGAUGUACGGCCAUGGGCGGCGGUGUGCGGUGCCGUACGAGGAGUCGUACCGCCCUGGAGCGAUCCGGCGACGCAUGCGGCGGCGAUGACGCCGCCGACGGAGCUUAGCGCGCUUGGGCGGAGUGGUAUGGCAGGGAUGGGGUCGCCGCCGCCGCUGUCGUCGUCGUCGUACAAGAGCCGGCCGGUGAGCCCCGGCGGCGGUAUCGGAGGUGGCGGUGUGGGGAGUAUCAGCAGUGUUGCGAUGCGCAUGUCGUCAGCCCUGCGCAAGGGCGUGAGCUUCACGGGAGGCAAGCCCCAGGCGCCAACCCAGCCGGGGUCGCCCAUGCCCCCUAGUACUGGCGGCGGCGCUGCUGCUGGUGCUGCGUCUACCGGGGGUGGCGCUGCCGUGUCGGGGGCCAACCAGGACCCUCCACCGCCUCAGCACCCCACAGGCCCCUCAGCAGCCCCCUCCGAGGCGCCGGCGGCGCCGCUGCCGCUGCCACCGCGUGACAGCUCCUCCUCCCCGGCACCUCAGCCUCCGCCGCCGCCCUCCUCCUCCGCUGUUGCUGCUGGUGCUGCUGUUAUCAGCUCCUCCGGCAUGUCUCCCUCAAUCUCCGCCGGCUUUACCGCGGCUGUGGCGGCGGCCAGCAUGCAGGUGUCAAUUAGUCGCAAGGCGGCGCCCAUGAGCCCAGCGCAGCAGCAGGCCUACCUCAAGAAGAUGCAUUCCUGGCUGGAGUCCCUCAUCCUGGAGGGCGAGGUGCCGCUGCUGCGGCGGCUGCUGCCCGAGGCGGCGGUGGAGGCGCUGGGGGGCGGUCUGCACCUGGGCUUCUCCCCCGGGGGGCUGGCGGGCUGGCUGCUGGGCUGCCUGGCGCCGGGGGGGUUCAACUUCACACCCUACAAGGACCUCACGGGCCUGCUGGCCAGCAAGUACGAGGCCACCACCAACGAGCUGGGCGGCCCCGUCACGGAGGCGCUGCAGCUGGCGGCGCUGAGCACCGUGGCGCGUGUGGAGGCGCUGGAGGAGCGGGGGCAGGAGCUGCACAGGGAGGUGGUGAAACUGAAGCGCUCCCUGGCAGACCACAAGCGCGCGGAGAGGGCCCGAGCACUGGCGGAGGCGGAGGCCAAGCAGAGAAAAAGCUCCUCCCGCCACGAGCGGCCGCCCCACCCCGUCGCCGGCUUCCUGGAGUCCAAGUGGGCGGACUUCUUCAUCGGGCUGGGGCAGGCGGCCAACGUACCGACCGUGCUGCGGGCGGAGGGACGCAUCUUCAACAGGCGGCUCGAGAAGGUCGAGGCCGAGAAGAUGGUCAACGCCAUCUGGGCCGCCAAGCAGGAGUGGCAGGCGGAGCACCGGGGCGCACACAUGAGCCUAGCGGACUUCUUGGCUGGGUACUUGCAGCGCAAGUACGUGGCCCCCCGUGCCGUCACCGAGACCGCCUACAACCUGGUGUACACGCUGGGGCAGCACCAGUACGACCCCGACUGCAACCUCUUCCUGAAGGUGCUGCUGGGAGAGGUGGACGAGGGGAUGCGCGAGGAGGAGGAGGAGCUGCAGCGCGACCUGGUGAACAUGCUGUCGUGUGUGGACAGGGCCACCUACGGGCGGGCCACAGGAUACCUCAACAAGCGGGACCUGCGGGUGGCGCUCAAGGGUUUCUUCGCCACCAAGACGCAAGCCCGCUUCGAUGAGAUCCUGGAGGCGCUGGACACCGACUGCCCCGGGGAGCGGGUGCAGUACCGCCGCCUGUUCGACGACGACGGCGACCUCAACCAGGGCGUCUUCGCGGAGACCUGCCGCACGCAGCUGCUGGCGGAGAGGCUGGAGCAGCUGCAGGCAAUCGAGGACGCGCUGCAAGACGCAGCCGACCGAGCCCGCGUGCGUUACGUCGCGCCCUCCCUCCUCAGCGCCGCCCUCAAGGCCGCCAUACCCGACUGCUCCGAAGACACGGUACGACAGCACCUGAGGCGAGUGUACGGCGCCGAGUCACGCAUACGAGCAGCGGAGGCGGCGGCGCCGGCUGCGAAUGCGGCGGCGAGAGCCGCUGCAGCCACGGCCGCUAAACAGGCCUCUGCUGCUGCUGCUGCUGCUGCUGCUGCCGCUGCUGCUGGGGCUGCUGCUGGGGGUGCAGGAGGAGCUGGCGGCAGUGGGGGUGCUGCUGGUGUGGUGGCGGCUAGCGGCGGCUCCGUGUCUUCCUCGGGUCCCAGUGUGGCGUACCAGCAGGGGUCCGGAGGCAUGCCGGGCAGUCGCACGGGCGCAGUGGGGCAGCAACCCGCUGCUGCUGCUGCUGCUGUAGCUGCCACCCCGGCAGCAGCAGCUGCAGGCGGCGGCAGCGGUAGUGGGGGAGACCUGGCGGCAGGAGCAGGAGCAGGUGGUGGUGGUGAGGGCGGUGAGGGUGGCGAGGGCGAGCGGCCGCUGCUGCCCACUGUGGAGGGGGCGAUGGCGCUCAUCCGGAGGGGCGGGGCGGUGCAGCACUCGCCGGCGCUGCUGGCGACGAUGGCGUCUGUCAAGAUAGCCACCAAGCUCAAGGGCUGGCUGCACACCGCUUUACACCACUCCAAGCAGCAGGCUGAGGACAGCGCCGACAAAAAUGCCGGCGGAGGUGAAGCUGACGCCGACGGCAGGGUCGCCCCGAAGAAGAUAGGAGGCUGGAUGGCGGCACUGGGACUUGCGCGGGGAGCGGCUGCUGUCGCCCUGGCCUUUGCUCGUGGAGGCACCGGCACCACUGGCGGCGGUGGUAGCGAGGGCGCCAGCGGUGACAAUAACCCAACCCCCGGCGGCGGGGGCGGCGGGGCCUCCUCCUCCGCCCGCAGCAGAGGCACAAGCACCAACGGAGGUGUCGCAGCCCUUGCGGCAUCGCUAGGUGGUGGGGAUGCAGGUGCAGGGGGCGGGGGCGGGGGCAUGGGGUGUCCGGAGGCAGCAGUUCGCAUGCAGCGUACGGCGCUCAAGCGGAUGCGCUUCCUGCGCGCCAUGGACGCCGUGAGGGAGACCUGGAUGCAGGAGGAGAAGGCGCGUGUGACCCAGCUGGCCGCCCUCGCAGCCGCACACCCCGCCGACCACCACGCGGGAGGUGACGACGCCUCCCACCCCCAUAAGUCCCAUCAUAGCGCAGCCGGCAAGCACCCGCACCCCCACCACCACCCGCACCACCACCCUCACCACCGCCCCUCGACGGACAGUGCCGCCAGCGAUCCCUCCUCCUCCUCCUCCGCAACACCCGCAGCAGCAGCAGCAGCAGCAGCCCCCUCCCACCUGCAUGACCCGCUGGAGCUAGGUCGCGCAGCACUGGCGCACCAGCCCCUCUCCGAGGACGAGGACCCGGAGCUAGCGGCACUCGAGGCCACUCAGCGCCUGCUGGCAGCCCGACUGGCAGCAGCAGGAGGUGGAGCAGGCGCAGCAGCAGCAGCAGGAGGAGGAGGAGGUCGCUCGCGCUUCGGUGCUACUGCUGCUGCUGCCGCCGGGUCAGCAGGUGACGGCGGCGGCGCACAAUCGUACAUGCCGGCGGCGGCGGUUGUACGGCACUUACGCGGCGGCGGCGCUGGCGGUGUGGGCGGUUGCAGUCUGAGUCAUCCCGCUGCUGCUGCUCUGGAAGAGGCGAGUGAGCGGUUGGCUAGGUUGCGGGCGCUGGGUGGGAUCAUGGUGGCAUUGGCGGAGGACCGUCCGGAGGCUCCGGCGGCGGCGUUGGAUCCGGAGGUACGGAAAUGCCUGUACGACGACCAUUCGGAUUCGGAGGGGAGUGAUGAGGAUGGGGAGAGUGAUGAGGGGAGUGGAGAUAGGGGUGAAGUGGGGAAGUAAGGGGUUGGUGGCGUAUAUGGGUGGGGGAGGGAGCGCCGCGAGGUUGAGGGUGUUUGGGAAGCGGCAAGCAGUUUUGGAAGAUCUUAAAUAAGCGUAGUGGGCUGUCGCUCGACAAGAGCUGUGUUGGGUCUUGAAUAAAUGUAUAGCCAUUGUAUGUGACUGACAGUUGGGCGUGCCGACGAAUGGCUUGCGGGCUGCGGCAGUUGGAAUACGGUGCCCUGCUACUGCUACUGUUGUCUUGUCCGUACGGCAAAUUACUAUGGAUGCACAGAAAUUGUACAUCGCUAAUUCUCUCUAUAAGCGCGCACAGCAAUUGCGAACCUGACCAGUUAAAAGGUGAUACAAUGACGUGCAAUUUUGAGCGUAGAACGUGCAGUGUACUGUUUGUUUCCGUUGCCCGUUUCCGUUGCCUGUUGCUGUUGACCCCUUGACAUCCCUAUUGUGAUUCCAAAUGCCUCCCUUCCCUAACCUCCCUGAUAAUAAGCAGUGAUAACCUGAAGGGGCCGUGACUUGUGUUUCCCGUUCGUCACAUGCACUGCCGCCGUUUCUACACUUCCGCAUCAUCCUACUGAGCACGACGUUCACUGCCAACUUCGUCAACAAAUCCCCUCUGGCGUUGGCCCAUGGGUGCGAGCCCCAAGGGGUUGGGACUGAGGCCGUUCUUGUGCGCUUUGUUACUGUGAAGACCUGCUGCCCUGCGUGGGGUGUUUACUGCGCUGCUGUCGUUGUUGCUGCUGCUGUUGUUUUUGUUGCCGACAUUGAACAGCGGUGGCACUACCUACCGUUGAUGACCUGUUGCAAGAUUGGCGGUGUGGUUGACGGUGGUGGGGGCGGUGGGUGGGCCCUUGUUUAUAGGCUUUAGAUAGACGUGUACACAGCCGGUCAUAAAGCAUCACAUAACGUUUUGGUGUCUAUCCCUGCUGCUGCCCUCACGGGAAAUGGAGAGGCGUGCAGAAGUUUGGGGGUGUGCGAUGAUGGCGAGCCGGGGGAAGGGGGCGGGCGAGCUGGAGCUCUGCAGGGCGUUGUAAUGAGCUGCGUGCAGUGAGGCUCGUUGCCCUAUAGUUCUCUGCGCGUUGGCCGAUGAAUUUGGUGGGUGAUUGGUGGCCAAUUGAAGGAAUGACCGUUACAAGGGUGCCCUAAGAGAAAACACGCACGGAUGUGUGGCCCUGUAUGCAUGUGGCUCCUGGCGCGACCGCAUGGCUCCUGGUGCCACCAUGUUUACGUCAAAAGAUGCGGGAGGUCCCUUGAUGCGUGUGUAUGAAGGCUGUUGCCGCUCUUUGUGAUCUGCCCGGGCGGGCGUGGAGUUGAGGAGGCUUGGCACUGCUGAAGAGUACCGGUAGUAGCCCUCAAUGCGGGGAAUGUAUCGUGCAUGUCCCGAGCUUGGCCUUGGCUUGGGAUUCCACUUUGAUGUUGUAAUGCCGUGGUAGAGCUGCGGGGCCUGGCGUGGUUGCCAGGAGCGGCAGGCACUGGUCUGGGUGAUUGUGUGGUUCAGCAGGUCUGGGUGUUGACGUGCACGGCACCCUGUAUUAAGUGAGAACCGGGGUAUUGACCCUGUGAUGAUGCAUGUCGCUGUCACCAGAAGUGUUGUAAUGGCAACACAGGUUGCAUUACAGAAAACUACUCUAUGUGUUGGUGCUUCAUGCGUGGGCAGUCCAUCCAUCCAGCUACCCUGCAACUCCCUCAUGCCCACCACCGCACUGCAGGAACACAACCCAGACAGCACAACCUUUUACCUCUCUCCCCACCAUCACCAUCCCCCACCCGUCCCUUCCAGCCGUGCAACCUUCCAGAGCCUCUGCAAACCAUACACGCCUUGACUCCCAAGCAGCAUGUCCACCAUGCAGUGCCACAUCCCACACCACGCCACACGCCGG